AUGGCGCACUCGUCUCAUUUCAAUGUCGAUUUCUUAAGAAUGGGCAUUAAUGCUGAAAUCAAAGAAAAUCCCAAUGUAAAAAAGAGUUAUGGUAAGUAUACUAUAGUAUAUUACAGGUAAAGUGUAUUUAAUUUUUAAACAUUUAAUAUUUAAUUACCAUUCUGUACUUUUCUGUAUAGAACCCUAAGCUGUUUUCAAUUUUUAGCACCAAAAUAUAUAUUCUGAAACCAUAUAAAGUUCAAACAGUGAUUAGUUCUGAUUGAAAAAAGCAGAAUGUGUAUUAAUUUGUGGGUUUUUUUUACAGAUUGUUUUUUGUGUCAUACUGUUAAGCACAAAAUAAAUGAUUGUUCAAAAUUUGGUUAGUAUAGAUAUAAAUAAUUAAUUAAUACAAAAUGCAAAUACAAUUAGUUCAUGUUAUAUUGCAUUUACAGCUGUUCUUUUGUUGGGUGCUCGUCAUGCAUUGAAGCCGGAAACUACUGCCAAACAUGUACUUACCGCUUUGAAUGUGGCAUCCAUGGCAAUGGCCGGCGAGAUCAGUUCAGAGGAUCUAAAUAAACUGGCGACCACUGGGAUGGUCACCAACAAGAUGUACCUCAGAGCAUUCAAACGAGUUGUAAAGAACAUUACCAAGGAGCAGAAAAAGUUUAAAAAGGAGAAAUGGGUGUCAUUCGAGAAGGCAGUGGAUAAUGUGAUGGAGGCCAAAAUGAACACAAUGAAGGCUAGUGUUAAGGUCGAAGAGGCGAUGGAAACUGGAAUACAAGAUGAUAAGAAUGCAGCAAAAGGCGCCAUAAUGGAAGUUUGCAUGGCCAAUGCUGUGAUGGAAGUGGCAAUGAUGGAUGCCAGGUUAUCGGCUAAAUAUCAGAUGGUUGCUAGUGCCUAUUUGAAGUCAAUCAAUGUACACGAAAAGCUGGGAAGGUCCAGUCGGGCAGCAAAAGUAGAGGCAGAAUGUUCGGCUCCUGUCGGAUGUCUACUCGUUGAUUUAGAUGUCGAUUAGAAAAAAAAUUAAAUUAAAUAGUAGUAAUUUUUUAUUUUACUUAUUAAGGUUUACAAGUCACAAAUGUUAAAAGUCUUCUUUUGAAUUGUUGCAAGUCGAUAAUAAGCGCA